AUGCAACAUGGUUCCGAAUUGUCCAAAACGAAGUCAAAACACGACGACGACUAUACGAGAUACGACUUCAUUCGGUUCACUUGGAGCGACACUAUGGGAAUUCCGAGGUGCAAAGUCGUUCCGAGUCACGCCUACCCGGGAGUCGUCAAGUCUGGUCUAGGAAUGGGCGGCAAUCUCAGUGUUUCCGGCGCCGACUCUCUUCCUUGCCAUUAUUCGAAGUUUGCCGACCGUGGCUGUCCCGACUCGUUCGCAGUUCCUCAGCUUGAAACUUGGCACUCGUGUCCUUGGUCUGGAAACGACACGGACUCGAAAGUUGCCGAAGUUUUGUGCGAACUACACGAGAAGGACGUUAACUUGACGCCGUGCGGAUACGAUAGUCGUGUCGUGUGUAGAAGGAUGUUGAGUUCGCUCAAAGAGGAAUUCGGCUUAGAUGUUUAUUCGGCUUUGGAGUACGAAUUCGCAGUCUCAGAAAAUGGAAAGGCACCGGAUGGUUCUCAUAAUUGUUCAACAGUUUCGAAGCGACUCAAAACAGCCCAGGUGUUGGUUGAAACAAUAGUAGCAGAGUUCGGAAACGGACAGUUCGAAAUCACCCUCGAGCCCCAGUGGGGACUGAAGGCGGUAGACAAUGGCGCCAUCCUCCGCGACUGCGUCAAAUCCACCGCAAUCGACAAAGGUAUGCAGGCGACGUUUAUGAGUAACCCGUGGGGAACUGUACAAAAUGGAGGCCAUUAUAACUUCUCUCUGUGGAAAAGCGGACAAAAUGCGCUGAGUGACAAAUCAGCCGAAAACGGUCUGUCCGAACUCGGCAAGUUCUGGAUCGCCGGCAUCAUGGAACACGCAGGCGCUUUGACAGCAAUCGGAUGCCAGACUAACAACUGCUACCGUCGGUUUUACGUAGGAGGCUUUGCCCCAAUUUACGUGUGUUAUGCGCGGGAGCACCGGAUGUGUAUGUUGCGGAUUAAGGAGUCGCAGAGUUCGGGAACCUUUUUUGAGUUCCGAUUGAGUGGCGCUCCUGCCAAUCCGUACUUGCUGGUUGCGGCUAUUCUGGCUGCUGGCAUGGAUGGUCUGCGAAAACGGAUUCAACCCCCACCAAUUGGAUUCAGCGAGGAGAGGCAAAUACCCAGGACCCUAGAAGAUGCUCUAGAAGCACUUGACAAAGACUGCGUUAUCAAAAAGGCACUAGGUGAUGAUAUAAUAGAACCUUUCUUCAUCCUCAAGCGACAAAAGGAUCUCAAGGUCACUGACCCUCAAGAACAGUUCAAGUUCUAUUCGGACUUAAUGUAAAAAUGAUCUCGUCAGUUAAUUAAUUCAACUAAUCUUAAUCA